UGCAGUCACUGCGCCAGGAAUCAAACCCUCCAAAAUCCUCAAUUUUAUCCCUGCAAAUUCAUUGACUGCAAGAACAGCGGCGGACAAAACUGCCGUCGACUUCUCCUCCGGCGUUUCCCCCUCAUCACAGAGCCCCUCAGCUCACCCUUUCGCGUUUAAUUCGGAUGAUUAACCUGUGUUAGUCGAGCAUAUCGAGGUCAGUAAGUCACAUAUGAUGCACAUCUGAACAAACACCGACGCGAUUUAUUUCCCAACGCGAUCUUUUAAAGCUGCAGAGAUGUCCUUCGCGUCGUUCCAGUGCCUCGUGAUUGGUUCUACUCUGCUAGUUCUGGUGUGUGCUGAAGUUUUAAGUGCCGGUCCAGCACUCCUUUCCAACCCUCUCCUCUCUCAUGGGCCAGUUCUGGAUGUUCCCGUAGGCUUUGAGGAGCACGAGGAUGUGCCACAGGAUCGAAAAUCCGGAUUCAUGGACAGUUCCCAGGAGAGCUCCGGGUUCUUCAAUGAAGACAGCGAGGACGGCAAGAAUGCUAAUGCGGAGACCAAAAACAGUGCAGACCCCAGUGCUGUAAAUGAGCGCUGUCUGAUGCCCAAAAAGGUUGGACCUUGUCGUGGGGCGAUCCCUCGCUGGCACUUUAACCCUGUCACCAAGAAGUGUGAGAACUUUAUAUUCGGGGGCUGCAAAGAAAACCACAAUAACUUCCUGACACUGGAGGAGUGUGCUAAAGCUUGCCACACAGUCUUAGAUUCCAGCCCUUCAUCCUCAGAACCGCCAUCUUUGCCUCUUUCUCUGAGCCUAAAACCAAGCGCAACCAACGCGUCCUCAAUCCUCAUCCCUACAGUCAAGCCUGUGGAUCCAGAGCAAUGGGAGAGUGACUCUGAAUCCAGCGGUUUCCCAAUUCACCCAUCCCCCAUUUCAUCAAAACUAGACUCCGCCCACUCCACGGCCACACCCACCAUCUUAGGCCACACCCCAAAGAAUCAGCCAGAGGCAACAGCAGGACCUGACAGGCCCACACAAGCGCCGACGGCUCCUGAAAUCGGACCCCUGCCCAGCCGGGAGCCCCUGCAGCCUGACGAAGCACACCGGGAUGAUUCUGAAGAGGAUGAGGAGGAUGAAGAGCAGGUGGUUUUUCCUACAGAAGCAGAGGAUCAGGAGGAGGACGAGUGGAGGUAUCUAACACCCCUCACAACGGGGCCAUCCUCCGCUCCAGCUUCAGAUCUGCCGCCUGUGGUUUUUACUGAAACAGCCUGGCAGGGGGCGCCGAUUGCUACAACUGAGGAUGAGGAGGAGAUGGAGCUUCGACACGGCGGGACUGAAUAUUUGACUGAAACAGAGCUUCAUGACUCACAGGAGGCCGAACAGGUGAUUUGCGUGGACUGGAGCAACCUCGCAGGAAAAGGCUACGUCGUUCUUAACAUGACCGACAACUUUGACUGCGAUGAGUUUCGUAUGGAGAGCGGCGAUCGACUGCUGGACCUGCUGGAAAACACUUUCUCCAGAAAGAUGAACAUCCCACAGGGUUCGUGGCUCGUCUUCCUCAGCAAACCCUCACAGCAGGACCACCAGCUCCUCAUGGCCUUAGCCAGCGAACAGGAAAUCAUCCCACCAAAAGACGUCCUAUCAAUGCUGGGAGAAAUCAGGAGAGGUUUGAAUGAGAUUGGAAUCCAGAAUUAUUCCAGCGUGUCCGCUUGCCAUUCGAUGCCCAGUCAGACGCGCAGUGACUACGGGAAGCUGUUUGUGGUUUUGGUGAUCAUCGGAUCCGUAUGUGUGCUCAUUAUUGCUUCAGGCAUCAUCUAUAUUUGCUGGCAGCGCCGUUUACCCAAACUCAAGAACAUGUCGCGAGGUGAAGAGCUCCACUUUGUGGAGAAUGGUUGCCAUGACAACCCCACCCUGGACGUCACCAGCGACAGCCAAUCGGAGAUGCAGGAGAAGAAACACAGCGCCAAUGGGGUGGCGCCGGGCGGUGACGUGAGCAGCGGUUGGCAGGUGCUCGUUAACAAGCCCGGGAAAGACGAGGAAGACAAUCAAGAGGAAGACACUCACCUUUAAUCCCGCCAAAAACAGCCCGCAAAACGGCAUGGAAAAAGCAGCAGCAGCAUCGCAUUAAAGACUACCGAAGGCACAAAACAUUUUCAAGCUUCCCCCCCGCCUCCCUCACCGAACCAUCUGCUGUAGAAAUGUGACGUCUUUUGGCUUGUAUGACGUUUCUGUUUAUCUCUGCAUUGCUCAAUUCAGACGGACUGAUGACGUGCUUUAAAAUGCGGGACAAUUUAUAGUGCAGGAUUUAUGUCAAUCGAAUGUGUCAAACAAUCAUUUUAGAGAUUAAAAUGAGAGAUUAGUUGUUUCUUGCACUGUUAAAACAGUAGUUCACGCAAAAAAAGGUGAAUUAUCAAAUUUAUUCGCCUACAUGUUGCUUCAAACUGGUUUGCUUUUUCUGUGACACCAAAAAAGAAACAGAAGAAUCUUCAAAGGCUUUCUUUCUUCAUAUAACCUGGUCAGUGCCAAAACAACAACACAGAAUUCCCUACUUGUACUAUUUGUAAAUUAUUUAUUAGAUUAGUUUUUAUUUUAACCAACGGCAGCAAAACUAAAGUGAUCUCUGUUUAAAAAAAAUAGCUUGGUGAAGAUUCUUUACAUCUUAUUUCACAGGAAAACAUGUUUGAACUAACAUGGGUGAUAAAAAUGGCGAUUUUUGGGUGAAUUACAGAAAAACGUGUACUUGAAGACGAAGAAAGAGAUUGUACCAAGUUUUUAUUGUUUUCUUGAACUCUCUCUACUACUAAUACACUUAAUCAUGAUCGAUUUUACAUAUUUCAGUGCAAGUAUUAAGGCUGCAUAUUGUGUUUUACAUGCUAAAUGCUGGAUGGACGCCUACAUGCCUUGCUCUUUUAUCGUGCAUCGGAAUGGCUGCUCCGUACUGGAAUAGUGUUGUUAUUUGAGUUUAUUAUUAUAAAAACGCACCUUUAAAAUUGCUCAGCACCAACGGCCUCCAAAGCAGAGCAAGAUUCUUCUUGUGAAAGGAGUCUUUCAAAAUGUCGACUGGAGCUAGGUAAUGAUCUCUGUGUUUUCUAUACAUGUACUCAUUGAAGUUGUUGAAACUUUUAAAAGCAAACAGUGAUCUCACACACAAGGUGUCAACUUUGCUAGUGAUUAUAUUGUUUAUGGUACAGUCGAUUUGUCAAAUUAUUUGUCGCAAUAGAAAAGGCUUUCUUUACUCCUUUAAAGUGCAUGAAACACUGUAGUACAAGAGUCUAUGCACAUGUGAGGGGUCAAAUGAUUGUACACAAUUUAGCAAGCGUGAACAGUUCAUGUUAAAUGGUUAUUAGUGCUCCAGAACGCUCUAUAUAACAUACUUGCAUACUUUGUUUCUUUAAUAAGCCUUGACGUAGGAGAUUUUUAUUUAUUUUUGGCGCCAGUGUGUAGAACGCUUCAGUUUUGUAUCUUCCUGUCAUGGUACCAGAGCUAUUAGCAUAUUUGCACUUUUGUCCCCCUCCUCAUUUUGAUUUUGUACUUCAGACUGCUUUAUGUAUCUGAUUGUAAGGAGAUUUAGAUCUCGUGGUUUUCUGGUAAUUUUAUGUUGUCCCACCUCUUAAAAAAAAAUGAAAGGCAAAAAAAUAAAUGUUUUGAGAAGUCU